AUGCCAUCUGACGACACUUCUAGGUGGGGAAAUGUUGCAGUACGCUACGGCGGACCAGUCGCAGAUCUACAGAUCACUCCCCAGGCAUGUGUACGGUGUAAUGUGAAUCGAGUACCCAACAGUGCCACUUCUCAGCCAGUGAUUGUAGUUAACGAGUGGAUCAGCGAGGACCACCUUCUCUGGACUCUAUGUGCCGGCCUCGCAGCAACCGGCCUCGAUCCAGAUUGGACACGCAGCUUUAACGCGUACCACCGCCUCCAUUGGGCUCAUAUCCAGGCGAUGGUACAGAGGGCCCAGGGUAUUAACCGAUUCCUGCUAGAUAUCCGAUCGCCGCCUAUCGUGCUAGCUCAAUUCAUCCACCACGAUGGGUCUAGAGUCCACGACUAUCCCAUCACAGCCACAUCUAUCGGUGAUCGUUCCAGAGGAAAUCUUCUGAAGCUUUUGCACUAUGUGUACCACGGGGGUUUUUCCUCGACUGAUACCUUCACUGUAGCUCUCCAUAGAUCGAGUGUGACCGGCUCGCCCCCGUACGCCGCCCUAGGGUUGCCAGACCCGCAUGCCGCCCCAGUACCGAACCUCCCUCCUUCGGAUAGGCCCUCUUCUGAGUCAGGUUUGCAGGAGCUUCUAGAGGACCCUGAGCGCCUUACCACCCCACCUCCUCCUUACCGCGGUCCCUCUCUUGCUCCUCCUGAUUGGGCCCCAUGA